CUAUUGUAAGUCGAGCACGGAAGGAAGUGGCUCGACAGAAGAGGGGAGAGAAAGAAACACAUUCAUACCACGGGAAAAACAAAAUGAGACUGGAAAUCGUGUCUGCUAGGGCGGCAGUGGCGGUCUCGCUACUGGCAACCGCAGAGGCCUCUCGACACGGCCACGUUCAUCGGGAGAAGCAUCACCAUUCCGAGGCGAGGGUUGGUGCCCAGGUCGAGAAAAGAGGGGGACAUUGUCAAUUCCCGGCAGACGCCGGCUUGGUGGCGGUGACACCAAACGAGCAGAAUGGCGGCUGGGCCAUGAGUCCCGAUCAACCUUGUAAGCCCGGGAACUACUGUCCCUAUGCCUGCCCUCCGGGGCAGGUAUCGAUGCAGUGGGAUCCCAAGGCGACCUCGUACACAUACCCAUUGUCUAUGAAUGGAGGCUUGUACUGUGAUGAGAACGGCUCUAUUAGCAAGCCCUUCCCGGACAAACCCUAUUGCCAGGAUGGUACAGGUGUUGUGUCUGCCAAGAACAAGUGCAGUGGCAAUGUCGCGUUCUGCCAGACGGUCUUGCCUGGUAAUGAGGCCAUGUUGAUCCCGACUAUGGUCCAGGAGCUGGAGAUGAUUGCCGUCCCUGGUAUCGACUACUGGUGCGAGACUGCUGCCCAUUACUACAUCAACCCUCCUGGCAUCGACACGGAGACAGCCUGUGUUUGGGGCACUUCGGCCAAUCCCUACGGCAACUGGGCGCCCUAUGUUGCGGGUGCAAACACCGAUGGCACCGGCAAUACCUUCGUGAAGAUCGGCUGGAACCCUAUAUACCUCGAACCUACAACUCCCUUUCGCAAUCUCAUGCCUGAUUUUGGUGUUGAGAUUGUCUGUGAAGGUGAAGGCUGCAACGGGCUUCCCUGUAAGAUUGAUCCAUCUGUCAAUGGGGUGAAUGAAAUGGUGGGCAGCAGCACCGAUGGUGCUGGCGGCGCUGCGUUUUGUGUUGUCACUGUUCCUCAGAAUGCAAAGGCCAACAUUAUUGUCUUUGAAAAAUCCGGAGAUUCUGCAUCGCAUUCUCACUCUUCGGCCUCCAUAUCAACAAUUUCCAUCACGUCCGGCUCCAGCUCUAGCUCCAGUUCCACCUCCAGUUCCACCUCCAGUUCCACCUCCAGUUCCAGUUCAAGCUACAGCUCAAGCAACAGCCGGACCUCCACUUCUACCGCCCCGUGGAGCGUCUCGAGCUCCACUUCAUCCACUGAUGCUUUCAGAUCUUCGACCAGUCUCAGCUCGAGCAUGAGCUCUAGUAUUUCAACUGCCACCUCGACGCCACAGUCAACCGAGUCAUCAACAGCAUUUGCUGACCAAAGCCCCCUCUCUUCCGCGGCGUCAAGCACCAGCUCUACCUCCAGUAACACCAUUAUUAGGCGGCCCCAGAGCUCAUCGGUCAGCUAUAACUACCAACCACACGUUUUUGCACAGGUCACUGGGAAUACACUGUCUAAUUCUGCAUCGACCGGAAUCACACCCCCUGCUGUUUCCGCAUCGGUUUUGGGCCUGAAGAAGAGCGCAGCCUCAUCUGUGACCGUUUCCGCGUUGAGCGUCACCCUCAGCGUUGUGAGCGUUGUCAUGCUUUUUUGGUAAACCAACAAGAAGAUCAAUAACUUCUCGUACAUACAUAGCACAAGUCGGUGGGUCGACCUCGGUUCCAUGUCAUUCCACAAUCUCAUCCUUUCC